ACGCAAAUAAACCCUCUUCUGCUUUUCUCUCUCACCACUCAAAACCACAACUUUGUCACACUUUGUGUCUCCAACUCCCUAUACUUUCUCACUUCACCCUCCCCCGUAACGUUUUCGUUUUCGCUUCUUCAGCCAACAACAACAAAAUGGAAGCACAAGAGUUUUUCCAGAACACCUUCUGCCCCCAAUUCCCCUCCGGUACCAACAUCACACCCUCCAACGCCAAUCCCUCCGCCGCCACCGCCGACCACUUCCUCGUCGAAGACUUCUUCGACUUCUCCAACGACGACAACGACGCCACCGCUGUCACCGACGCCACCUUCGACUCCCUCCCCACCGACGUCGACUCCCCCAACGUUACCCCCCUCGACAGCACCACCAAGAACUCCAAUUUGCCCUCCUCCUCCUCCGCCGACGCCCAUUUCUCCGGUGACCUCUCCGUCCCGUAUGAUGAUCUUGCGGAAUUGGAGUGGCUGUCGAAAUUCGCGGAGGAAUCGUUUUCGAGCGAGGAUUUGCAGAAGCUGCAGCUGAUAUCGGGUGUGAGAGCGCAAAACGAUGCUGCAUCGUCUGAAACGCGUGACCCGAACCCGGUUAUGUUCAACCCGCAAGUGUCGGUUCGAGGCAAGGCUAGGAGCAAGCGGACACGUGGGCCCCCAUGCAACUGGACCUCUCGCCUCGUUGUCCUCUCUCCCAACACCACGUCGUCGUCUUCUAACUCCGACGCCGGUAAGAAGCCGGCGACGCCGCGGAGGAGAGAGGCUGCCUUCGCCGAAGGCGGCAGCGAGGGGCGGAAGUGCCUGCAUUGCGCCACGGACAAGACCCCGCAGUGGCGGACUGGGCCCAUGGGCCCAAAAACGCUCUGCAAUGCGUGCGGCGUGAGGUACAAGUCGGGCCGGCUCGUCCCAGAGUACAGGCCCGCGGCGAGCCCAACGUUUGUUCUGACGAAGCACUCGAAUUCGCACCGCAAGGUGCUGGAACUGCGGCGGCAAAAGGAAAUGGUGAAGGUCCAGCAGCAUCAGUUUCUCCAACUGCAUCAACAGAACAUGAUGUUCGAUGUGCCAUCAUCCAACGGUGAGGAUUACUUGAUCCAUCAGCACGUGGGCCCCGAUUACACGCACCUCAUCUAGACUAGGAAACUUCCGGUGGAGGAGCUUCGGGUACUUUUAAUUUGUACCUAGCUACACUUCUUUCUUUCAUUUUCUUUUCCUACCUAUUUUUUGUUAGGAAUUUCUUUUUCUGUAACUUCUAAUUAUUCAGUUUAUGCUAUAUGUAGACUGCUCUCAUGUUUCUUUCUUCAAGUCAUUUUGACCGACUUGAAAACUCAAACUCUUAAAAUUUUCCUAAUGCAAUUUUUCUUUUCUUUUCACU